AUGGAUCAGAUGGAGCUGGGGAGCAUGAGCAGUCGCUGUGAAGAUGAGAACUGUGGCCUAACGUCGAGUUUUCCAGAGCACUGCCCGACCCAAGACUAUGAUUGGGAGGAACCAAUGUUUGGAUUGACAGAGUUAGUUUGUGUGACGGUCAUUUACAUUCCUGUGAUGAUUUUGGGUCUUCUGGGUAAUGUGCUAACAAUCCUUGUGGUCUGGCUGCGUCCACACAUGAGAAGUUCUACCUACUUGUACCUGAGUAGCAUGGCUGUCAGCGAUUUGAUGAUACUCCUACUCCUGCCUUUGGAUCUCUACAAGCUAUGGAGGCCCCGACCCUGGCCCUUAGGAGACUUCGCCUGUAAGAUGACCAUGUUUCUCUCUGAGUGCUGCACCUUCUGCACCAUCCUCCACAUCACCUUCCUCUCUCUGGAAAGGUAUGUGGCCGUCUGCUGGCCAAUCACGGCCAAGACACUGGUGACACGCCGCAGAACCAGGGCUCUUAUUGGCUGCCUUUGGCUGGGCGCAGCGAUCAGUGCAGCACCCGUGUUGGUGAUGGUUGGCGUAGAGGAAGUUGGGGAAGAACAUCUCAGCAUCGAUGGCUGGAAAGAGAAUGAAGAGUGGACGGGAGAGAAUAGCAGUCACAUGACUUCGCUUGAUGACGAAUUAGAUGUACAGAAGUGGGAAGAAAAAGAGAGACGCCUUGAAAGAGCUGGACAAUGGAAUUGGCUGGAAGAUGGACCAAUGGGAGCAAUAGGUGAGAAACAACAUGGAGGUGCAGUUGUAAAUAAAAAACAGGUCAAGAAAUCCGAUGAAGAGCAACAAAACCUUUUGAAAGAAGAUGAAGGAGGAGGAUGGCAGACAAAUGUUGAUGAGAAACACAAGUUGGAGAUUGACCGGCGGGAGUGUCGCUGCACCGACUAUGCCAUUUCCUCUGGCCUACUGCCUGCCAUGAUGAUUCUGUCCAACCUGUAUUUUCUGAUUCCAGUCUGCAUCCUCGGACUGGUCUACGGUCUGAUCGGAAGGACCCUUUGGCUGCGCCCUCAGAGCAGUCGCAGAGACCAAAGUCACAAACACACUGUCAAAAUGCUGGGAGUGAUCGUGUUGGCGUUUGUCCUGUGCUGGCUGCCUUUCCACAUCGGUCGGACUAUAUUCUUUUUCUCUCUGGACACCGGUACUGACCUUUUGUACUAUCUGUCGCAGUAUUUCAACCUGGGUUCGUCCGUCCUCUUCUACCUCAGCGCCGCGGUCAACCCGUUACUGUACAACGUGAUGUCAGCCAGGUACAGACACGCUGUACACAGUCUCAUACGCUCGCAACCACACGCCCAAGGUUUCCACACCUACUGCCUGAUUGGCAACCAGGACAAACCUGUACCCAAAGCAGCUACCUUCUGCUUCGGUGACGAAAUCCAAGACGCCGCAGCCGCUAUCUCCAGUGCUGCUUCCAGUGGGUCUGCCGCCGACACCAUCUCCAGUGCCGCCUCAGUGGGUCUGCCGCCGACACCAUCUCCAGUGCCGCCUCAGUGGGUCUGCUGCCGACACCAUCUCCAGUGCCGCCUCAGUGGGUCUGCUGCCGACGCCAUCUCCAGUACCGCCUCCAGUGGGUCUGUCGCCGACGCCAUCGCCAGUUUCGCCUCCAGUGGGUCUGCCGCCGACGCCAUCUCUAGUGCUGCCUCCAGUGGGUCUGCCGCUGACGCCAUCUCCAGUGCCGCCUCUAGUGUGUCUUUCGCCGACGCCAUCUCUAGUGCUGCCUCCAGUGGGUCUGCCGCUGCCGCCGCCUCCAGUGCCGCCUCCAGUGCCGCCUCCAGUGCCGCCUCCAGUGGGUCUGCCACCGACACCAUCUCCAGUGCCGCCUCCAGUAGGUCUGCUGCCGACGUCAUCUCCAGUGGCACCUCAAGUAGGUCUGCCGCCGACGCCAUCUCCAGUGCCGUCUCCAGUGGGUCUGCCGCCGACACCAUCUCUAGUGCUGCCUCCAGUGGGUAA